CGCGGUGGCCUUAGCAACGCUGUACGUCUGUCUGCCUGCGGGAGCCUGAGGCCGAGCGCACCGCUGGCGUGAGAGGGAGACUACAGAUAGACAUCGAGCAACAUAGCCAUCUCAUCUUGAACCCAGAUCCCCUUCCGCCCCGGUCUAACCUAACCAUGUUGGAGGGGCUGGCAGCCUGGGUCCUCAACACUUAUAUUGGCAAAUAUGUAAAUAACCUCAACACAGACCAGCUCUCCAUAGCCCUGAUGAAAGGAGCUGUUGAAUUAGAAAACCUCCCUCUGAAGAAAGAUGCCCUCAAAGAAUUGGAUUUACCUUUUGAGGUAAAAGCAGGUUUUAUUGGGAAGAUAACAUUGCAGAUCCCAUUCUACCGGCCUCAUGUGGAACCAUGGGUAAUAUCCAUCUCUAGACUCCAUCUGAUUGGUGCGCCAGUUAAGCAGUCUGAGUUUGAUGAAGAAAUGGAACGUUCACUGGACAGAAAAAGAAAGAGUGCACUACUGGAUUCUCUGGAGGCUAAAUGGAAGAGUAACCAGCAGCAGAAAGGGGAAUCUUACUGGUACUCAGCUACUGCUUCCAUGGUAACCAGGAUUGUGGAAAAUGUGGAGCUGAAGGUUCGAAAUGUUCACUUACGAUUUGAAGAUAACAGCACUGAACCUGACCAUCCAUUUGCAUUUGGAAUCUGUAUCAAGAGUGUGUCUGUGCAGAAUGCAGAAGAUGAGUUGAUUGAGAAAUCGAUCCGGAAGAAGAGACUACAGAUUGAGGAUUUCAGUAUUUACUGGGAUGUGGACUGUGAAUUGCUUGGGGAUAUUCCUCCUACUGAACUCCAGGAAGCCAUGGAUUAUUUUUUGGAAAACAGAGACCACAAGUACAUACUGGAGCCAGUUUGUGCCUCUGUGCUGUUAAAGAGGAAUGGAACCAAAGAACCCUUGCGUUCUCGUAACACUCCACGCAUUGAGUGUGAUGUCAAUCUGAAGACAAUUCCAUUAAAACUAUCACAGGUACAGUACCAGCAAUUGAUGACAUUCCUGAAAGAAAUGGAAAGAAAAGAGCGACAACUCCAACUAAGAAAAUGGAGGCCGAAAGUUCCUGUCAAAUCAAAUUCGCGUGAAUGGUGGAAUUUUGCUCUGAAUGCAAAUCUCGCUGAGAUCCGUGAGCAGAGGAAGCGAUUAAACUGGUCAUACCUAUUGCAACGAGCAAGAGAUGCUGUAUUUUAUACAGAGACAUACCAUCAUAAGCUGCAAGGAAGCCUGAAUUCUUUUGAAGAAGAGGAGUUGGAGAGAAUUGAGGAUGAGCAGACCUUUGAGGAUUUGAAAAUCUUGCGAGAAAUUGUUUAUGAACGUUUCAAGAAACAGGACACGCUGGCUGAGACCCUGCAUGAGCCACCAUCAGAACCUCUGGGUUCUUCCUCAUGCUCAGAAUCUAUGCAUAAAAAUCGCAGUGGCAUGAUCCAGUACCUGCAGUCUUGGUUCCCUGGAUGGGGUGGCUGGUACGGCUACUCCCAGAAUCCUGAGCAGACUGAGCAGGGUGUGACUGUAGAGGGCCUGACAGCUGAGGAGCAACAGCAGUGGAGUUCUGAAGAGGAUCUAGCAGCUGAUGAAAUCUUUGACACCAUGACUGACACAUCGAACAUGAAUACAUUCACAAGGAGGGACCGUGUGUUCAUCAAACUAAACUUCCUGCUACAAAGGGCGACUGUCAGCUUGCUCAAACAUGAUAAAGACAUGGGCCUUGAUGAGACAGAGACAGCCUUUGUGGACUUGGAAUUUUCAGGUGUGAAAAUUGGCGUGGAGUCCUCCCCUCGCACAGAAUCAUCAUUGUUCUCUGUACAGCUGGGAGGCCUGUUCCUGCGAGACUUGGCAACACAAGGAUCCUUAUUCCCUGUCCUAGUUUCACCCAAACCGGAAAAAGAUGCUGCAAGCUUAUCUCAAACAUUGGGUUUACGCUCCACAUCUGAGGCAACAGCUUUUCGCUCACUAUGUAAGAUGCCAUCUGUGUUUGAAAUGGUUUACGAAAAAAAUCCAAUUCGCAGUAACUACGAGAGGAGAUUGGAAGUCAGCACUCGGCCUCUUAAUAUCAUCUACAACCCUCUAGUAAUCAAGAAAGUUGCAGAUUUCUUCUACAAGGGCAAAGUUCAUACCUCAGGCUUUGGCUACCAGUCAGAACUUGAACUACGGGUAGCGGAAGCUGCUAGACGGCAGUACAACAAAUUGAAAAUGCAAACAAAGGCUGAAAUCAGGCAAACCAUUGACCAGCUUCUGGUGGGCGAAUUCAUUGAAAAUGACAAACGCUGGAUGAUGAAAUUAGAUAUCUCCGCUCCUCAGGUGAUUUUUCCCGAUGAUUUCAAAUCCCCAGAUUCCGUACUUGUUGUUGUGGAUUUAGGUCGAAUUCUGCUGACGAAUAUCGGAGAUGAGCCAAAAGGGAGAGGCAAUGGAGAAUUUUCAGUCCAAGAUGAAGAGAUCAGUGAUGAUGAGUACAAAACACCACUAGCCACACCACCCAACACCCCUCCUCCAGAGCCCAGUUCUGAUCCUGGAACAAAGACUCCAGAAUUCCUGACUUUAGGAUUUACUGAGGAGCAACUGCAGCAACAUUUUAUCAACAAUAAGCUGUAUGAGAAAUACUGCCUGUCCUUCAUGGACAUGCAGAUCAUGGUUGGACGAGUCAUGGACAAUUGGAAGCAUGUUCAGGACAGCGAAGUUGGGCCAACGCAUGUCGUUGAGAAAUUUAAUGUGCUGUUACAGCUAGAACGGCGGUUAAUGUACACCUCUGAUCCAAAUCGUCCUGGUGCGAUGCUGUCUGGGACCUUGCCUGAGCUGAAAAUACACGUGAAUGAGGAUAAAAUUACAGCAUUGCACAACUUUUUGUUGAGGGUGACUGCUUCUGAGGUGCAGCAGAAAACAGGUGAGCAGCAAUCUCUACGACGAGAAAAAAUCUUUAAGAAGAUGGAUAGCCGAGGGAAGCUGCUUGAUUCAAAGCUGAGCCUGACACAGAGCGUAAUGUCACUUGAGCAGCAUACUCGUGAGGUAUUGGUUGAGUCCAAGCUACUCCUAGCAGAAUUCAAAGUCAAUUACAUGCAGCUGGGAGUUGAGAGUUGUGGACGGUACAUCUCUGUAUUGAAAGUUUUUGGCAUCAACUCCAACUUUGUGAAGAGGCCCUAUGACAGUGAAGUGACACUUACUGUACAUGGAUUAUUGUUGGUGGAUACUGUCCAAACCUAUGGUUCAGACUUUGACUUGCUGAUGGCUUCCCACAAAAAUUUGAGUUUUGAUGUUCCCACUGGCAGUCUUCGAGAUAGUGGAGCACAAUCCCCUGUCUCUCCUCACUCGUCUGUUGCUACAUCAGCCAAUGGUACCUCAUUGGAUAAGAAUAAAAACACAUUAAGCAACACUUCAGCAUUAGAAGAGCAAGUCACUGCGUCCUGUCCUGCUCAGGACUAUGAUGUCCUAAUUAAACUAGAAUAUCAAUUUGUGAGCUCUGACUGCCCAUCUAUGAACUUGGACAGCUCUUUACAGGUCAUGUCAUUGCAAGUUAAUAACCUGGACAUCAUCCUUAAUCCAGAAACCAUGGUAGAACUCAUUGGCUUCCUACAGAAAUCCUUUCCAAAAGGCAAAGAAGAUGCAAGUCCACAGCCGUCACUUGUAGAUCCAGCAAUGAGUUUUGAGGACCGAGAAUCCAUUCAGUCUACCUAUGAUCAGAACACACAGAUGGCAGUAGAAAUCCAUCGGCUCAAUAUACUGCUUCUCCGGACUGUUGGGCUUGCAAGUGGAGAGAAAUUGGGAAGAAAAAUUGCUACAGCUAGUAUUAAUGGCACAAAGGUAAACGUUUCCAUGGGUAGCCGAUUUGAAAUGCAUGGGUCCCUUGGCUGUCUUCAACUUGUAGAUUUGACCCAGGAUGAAGUAAAGAACCAUUUUGUGGUGAGCAUUGGAAAUACAGAAGCAUAUGAAGCAGUAAGUGACUUUGGUUUCUUUCAAUUGGUUUUCAUGAGGCCUGAAACUGAGAUGAACCACAGCGAAGCACUAAGCUUUAAAUUUAUCGAACAGUCAGAGGAAGAGUUUCUGCUGAGUCUGCACAUGGCCUCAUUACAUUAUAACCAUUCCCCAAAAAUUCUUAAAGAACUCACGUUAUCUAUGGAUGAACUCGAAGAUAACUUCCAAAACAUGUUGAAGAGUGCAGCGUCCAAAGUUUCUACUGUCCUGGUAAACAAAACAGCAGAGUACAGUGAGAUGGUUCUGCUUUUUGAGAAACCACGGAAGGCACGGGACUCGUUUGGUUUUGAGCUUGAAGAUGAUGUAGAUGGUGGGAUGGUGUCUCCUCAACAGAACCCAGUAAAAUUAAUUUUGAACAUUAACAUUGAGUCACCAGUUGUCACAAUCCCACGGAAACCUGGAAGCUCUGAGUUGUUGGUUGGGCACUUAGGCCGGACUUCAAUCCACAACUUUGUGACAGGUGAGGAUGACUCUGGGAGAAACCGGCUCCAGGUUGAAAUUAAAGACAUUAAAUUGUAUUCCCUGAAUAACAAUAUACGAGGCUGCAAGCCAGAUGCCAGCGAGUCCUCUCGGCCAAGUUCAGGUGCUACCAGUGUCUCUAGCCAGGAAGAAUUGCACUUCACACGGCAAGAUUUCUUCAAUUCCGUGCACAAGGGUCAAGCCUUUCAUAUCUUGAAUGACACCACAAUCCAGUUUAUUUUGGAGAAAAUUCCAGUUGAGUCAAAUCCAGGUUUGUCUUUCCCAGUUGAAAACUCUUCAGAUUCCUUUGAGACCACCAGUAAGAUGAAGAUUGAGGGAAAGUUUGUCAAUCCUCUUAAGGUAAUGUUGGCAAAACACGUUUAUGAACAGGUCCUACAGACAUUGGACAACCUGACAUACAGUGAGGAUCUCAGCAAAACUCCACGUGGUUCAACCACUGCCACGCCAGAAUCUCUCAAUACUACUUCUACGUUGAGAAGCCCAAAAUUCUCUGAUCUCCAACGAGAGUGGAAAGGGAGUGGGCUUUUUGGCCAAGUGAGCUACCCAUCAACUCCAGUUGAUUUUCCAAUUCCAGAGUCCAGAUCAUUCACUCAAAUUCAUGCUAAUUUCUGCAUCUCCGAGCUGCAGGUUCAGUUGUGUGGGGAUCUCACUCUAGAAUCGCAAGGAUUGGUUAGCUUAACAUUUCAAGACUUUGAAGUUGACUUCACUAAAGACCACCCUCAUACGCUCGCCAUCCAGAUCACUCUGCGGUCGCUGCUGAUGGAGGAUUUGUUGGAAAAGAAUCCAGACUCAAAAUAUAAACAUUUAAUGGUGUCUAGAGGAGCACCAAAACCUUCCAGUUUCACUCAAAAAGAAUUCCUGUCGCAGUCUUGUCCAUCUGUCUCCAACAUAGAAUAUCCUGAAAUGCCACGAUCCCUUCCAGCUCACAUAGAAGAAGCACAAAACGUCUUCCAGUUUUACCAGAGGCCAACCACUACGCAAAGAAAGCGAAACAUGGACAAAAACAUAGAGUAUCCUAUGACCCCGCCACCAUCCCCAACUUUGAAAAGCUCCAAGUUGCACUGUACUAGAACAAAUUUUGACGAAUCGUUAGUGCAUAUUAAUGUUUUACUGGUGGAUAAGAAGCAUCCGGAAUUUUCCACACAUUACAACAAGGUCAACAGAAAUGUAGAUGUAGAUUUCAACUGUUUGGAUGUGUUGAUCACACUUCAAACCUGGGUGAUGAUUUUGGAUUUCUUUGGGAUUGGCUCAACGGCUAACAACCAUGGCUUGAAACCUCCUGUGGAGGAGCUCCAGCAUCAACCAACAUCCAGUGGAUCAGGUGCUCCAUCUGAGGCAGGCCAGGAGGAACCCGUCAACACAAAACUGGAUCUGAAGGUUCACUCCCUGUCUCUGGUAUUGAAUAAGAAGACAAAUGAACUUGCCAAAGCUAAUGUAUCAAAACUGUCAGCACAUCUUGCACUGAUUGAAGGGGACUUUGCUCUACAAGGCAGUCUCGGAAGCCUUUCCCUCAGUGAUCUGACACCCCAUGGGGAGCUGUACAGGGAACGUUUUACCACUAGUGGUAAAGAAGCACUCAUCUUCAACAUUUACAAGUAUGGCAGACCAGACCCGAAGCUUAAGCGAGAUUGUGACAUGAGAGUGAGCCUUCAAAUGGCAUCAGUGCAGUAUGUUCACACCCAGCGCUUCCAAGCCGAGGUGGUGGCUUUUAUUCAGCAUUUCACACAGCUACAGGAUGUACUGGGGCGGCAGAGAGCAGCCAUAGAGGGACAAGCAGUGCGAGACAAGGCACAGAGAGCCUCUCGGAUCCUACUUGAUAUAGAGGCUGGUGCUCCAGUCCUCCUGAUUCCAGAAAGCUCCAAAUCAAACCAGCUGAUUGUGGCAAACCUUGGUAAACUGAAAGUGAAGAACCAGUUCUUGUUUGCUCGGUCACCGGGUACAUUCUCGCUGCGAGACAAGGUAGAAAAAAUUACCAUGGUUCAUGUCUUUUUCCCUCAACUGAAUCCUGAGAGUUCUCCUGUACCUCAAGAUGCUCCACUAUACACUCAGAAGACACAGAAAACCAGCACCAGCAAUCCUCAGUCCAUUCUCUCUAGACCAGAAAAACUAAGUACUGGGGCCAAGUCCUCUGAUAAAGUUGAUUUUAAUAAACCAUAUAUUGAAUCUGGAUUGCGCAUGCGUUGCAAAUCACAAGAGAGGCAGCAUGACCAGCCACAGCAUGUGGAACUAAAGGAAUCAGAAGGUGAACAUGUCUGUCUGCUCGACUGCAUCGUGGUUGACCUGCAGGAUAUGGACAUCUUCACUGCAGUGAGAUAUCCCAGAGACCAUACUGGAAGGCCUGAUAGUUGUAAUUCAGAUUUGCUUUUCCCAUCGUUUCUGGUGAGGCAUGUUGAUGGGAAUCUACUGAAGGAGCGCUGCUGGCUGAAGCUGCAAGUUGAGCGGAAUCUGGAUAAGGAGAUAAGCCAUGCUGUCCCUGAUGUGGCUAUCCAUGGUAGUCUGUCGUCAGUACACUGUUCUCUGGAUCUUAAUAAAUACAAGUUGAUUCGUGGAUUAAUUCAGAACAAUCUUGGGGAACCCAUUGAAGAGUUUAUGAGGCCAUUUGACCUGCAAGACCCCAGCAUACAUACAGUUCUUAGUGGAGAAGUAUACACAAAUAUGUCCUUUCUAAUUGAUAUGAUGAAUGUUAGUUUGGAGCUCCUGGAAUCGAAGGGCAAGAAUAUGAACACCAAUUCACUGGCAAGGUUUGAUUUCAAAAAGUCAAAGCUGCUUUAUGAGAGCUUUUCAAACACGACUAAGUCCGUAAAUCUGGUCUCUCACUCAAUGAUGGCAUACGAUACCCGAAGCACUGGACAGACAGUGAACCCUGACACCAAACCAAAUGUAUUUCGAUGCAUAUUGGAUGCAUCAAAGAGUAGUAGCAAUCAAGCCUCACUGCAGAUGGAGCUGCAUUACAGGUCAACCAGAGAUGCUUCGUGCUUCACUGUGGUUCUGAACAAUCUGCGAGUCUUUGUUAUAUUUGAUUGGUUGAUGCUUGUGCGGGAUUUCUUGCAAACCUCCAACAGCCCAAAGAAACCAGAAAGUGCCUCACCAGCUCGUGACCGCAAAGUUGGUGGUGAAGUCUUGGUUCCCAAAACAGUAAAGUAUGGAGUCAUCACAAAGCGAUCUUCUGUGCCAAUACCAAACGAGAAGUAUUUGGAAGUGAAAAUCAACGUAACUGGCACUGAAUUUGUUGUGGUGGAAGAUAUGUCAUGCCAUGAUACAAAUGCAGUCAUUCUGAAGGCAACCACCGUGCUCACCUAUAAACCACGGCUUGUAGAUCGGCCAUUCUCCGGCAGCCUUGGAGGAAUUGAGGUAUUUUCAUGCCGACUUGGCAGUGAACAAGAGACUGCUCUGUCCAUCAUCGAUCCUGUAAACGUGCAGAUGGAAUUGAUUGGAAACCCCACUUAUCAGAAAAGCUCAGGGUUGCUGGAUGCUUUUGGUAGUGAGGAUUUCCCACCAGUUCUUGAGAUUCAGUUCUCAACCCUUGAUAUCAGGCUGUCAUACAAUGAUGUCCAGCUGUUCCUGGCAAUAGUGAAGUCUUUCCCUAAGCAGACCACAGUAUUAUCUACUGUGUCCGAUCCUGAUUCUGUGAAUGCGAGCAUCAGCUCGGUUCCUUUGGCAGGAUCUGGGAAAAAAGAGACAAGCAAAUACCAGAUGGAUCCUGUACUUGAAUUACAGCUGGAUCGACUCCAGGACCUUGGUUUUAGUCUGGAAGAUUGUCGCAGAGCACUGCUGCUGUGCAAAGGCCAACUGAAUCAGGCUGCUACCUGGUUGUUUAAGAAUGCUGAUCCAGUGUCAGCAAAUGGAGCCACAUUGUGCAGCAAUGGCCGUGGUACAGGUGCAGCAUUACUGGUCUCCGGGAUUGAAGUGAAGGCUGAGAGCAUCUGUAUCUGUCUGAUUGAUGACUGUAUGGAUUGCGAUGUACCUCUUGCUGAACUUACCUUUUCAAGACUCUACUUCCUGCAGAAAGUUGGAACAAGCCCAGAAGGCUCUGCCAAUUUUACCUUCUCUGGAGAGUACUACAACCGUGAGUUGUCAGGCUGGGAACCUUUUGCCGAACCUUGGACUUCUUUGCUGAGCUGGCAGCAGCAGGCAGCCAGCCGUCUACAUCCGCCACGCCUUAAAUUGGAUCUGCAAGCAAAACAACGACUUGACAUCAAUAUCACGUCUGUCCUGAUGGAGCAGUAUAAAAGGACGAAAGCAUCCUGGAUUGCUGAUUACUGCAAGAAGGAAGAAAAGGAGUGUCCAAGAACAUUUCAGUGGAGGACAGGGAUGUACCUCGAUCCAUUAAUGCUCGGACAGAGCAACCCUCUUGCCUAUCUUAGAACUAGAAGCACUGCCAGUCUGACAAACCUAGAGCGGCAGAUAUUUGCCAGAGGACCAAACCAUUUUUUAGCAGAAGGAAAGAUACCAAAAAGACGGCAGCCAUUUGUGCCAUAUGCCCUCAGGAACCACACUGGUUGCACCAUGUGGUUUGCCACGCUCACAACUACUCCAACUAGAGUGGCACUUUCUCACAGUGAGAGUCCAGGUUUUGUACAUGAAGAAUCUGUUGCAGAACCUGAUGACACACACAAUGUUAGCCAAUGGAGCGAGGUACUCCCUGGAGAAGAAGUGCCUUUUGAAUUUGAAGCCAGGGAAAAGCUAAGACACAGGCACACUCAUGAGUUGAAGAUUCACCAGCUGUUGGUCCGGGUGAAUGGUUGGGAGCAAGUGAGUCCAGUGUCUGUGGACAAAGUUGGCAUCUUCUUCCGAUGUGCAGCACCUGAUCGAAAUAACCAGUCCUCCAUGGUUGGGAGCCCCAUUAGCAAGACCAAUAUAAUACAUCCACAUGUCUAUUUCUCAGCACUGCCUCCAGUUCGGGUUGUGUUUUCUGUGACUCUAGAGGGAAGUGCAAGAAAAGUAAUAACUGUCCGUUCGGCACUAAUUGUGAAAAACAAAUUGGAAGUACCUAUGGAACUGAGACUGGAUAGUCCAUCUGCUCCAGACAAACCUGUGGUGCUACCAGCAGUGUUACCAGGUGACUCAUUAGCAAUUCCCCUACACCUAACAUCAUGGCGUCUCCAAGCAAGACCAAAGGGUCUUGGUCUGUUCUUCUGUAAAACGCCUAUCCAUUGGACCAGUGUGGCAAAAGUAGGAGAGGUGAACAGCAGCAAGCGUGAAUGUCACUCAUCAGACUGUGAUGACAACUGCUCCUACAGGUAUUGUGUGGCAGUGAAGAAAGAAAACUAUCCUGACUACCUGCCCUUAAAUUUGAUGUCUGGCAAUGCUAUGCAGGUUUACCGGCAACCAGGCCACACCAUCUACUUGCUACCUACUCUAGUUCUGACAAAUCUACUACCCUGUGAGCUUUCCUACUAUGUGAAAGGUACCUCCAUCCGUGCGCCAUUGAAACAGGGGAAAGAUGCAGUGCUGCACACAGCUGAUACAUCACAGAACAUCGAACUUGGAAUCACACUAGAAAACUUUCCUGUAUGCAAGGAACUCCUAAUUCCAGCAGGAACCACUAACUAUCAUGUUCGUAUGCGCCUUUACGACACCAAAAAGCGCCUGCUGAAUCUGAGCAUUCGCAUAGUAUGCAGAGCAGAGGGUUCCCUGAAGAUACUCAUUUCUGCACCUUACUGGCUCCUGAACAAGACAGGGCUGCCACUAAUUUUUCGACAGGACAAUGCUAAGGCUGAUGCAGCAGGACAGUUUGAGGAGCAUGAGCUUGCACGAAGCCUCAGCCCCCUCUUGUUUAGCUUUGCAGACAAAGAGCAACCUAACAUGUGUACCAUGAGAAUUGGGAAGGGAAUUCACCCAGAUGCAGUUCCUGGUUGGUGUCAGGAAUUCUCUCCAGAUGGAGGCAGUGGUGUGCGAGCAGUGAAAGUGAUUCAGCAUGGCAACAGACCUGGACUCAUUUAUAGUAUUGGAAUUGAUAUCCGGAAAGGUAGAGGGCGGUACAGAGAUACCAACAUAGUGACCUUUGCACCCCGAUACCUGCUGGACAACAAAUCCUCACAUAAGCUAGCCUUUGCCCAACGAGAAUUUGCUCGAGGACAGGGCACUCAGAAUCCAGAUGGUUACAUUUCAACUCUACCUGGGGCCAGCGUUGUAUUUCAUUGGCCAAGAAAUGAUUAUGAUCAGUUAUUGUGUGUACGGCUGAUGGAUGUUACCAAUUGCACUUGGUCAGGGGGCUUUGAGGUUAACAAGAACAACUCCUUCCACAUCAACAUGAGAGAUACUCAAGGCAACUGUCAUCUCCUUCGAGUGGAGAUUACUCUGAAAGGAGCAACAUACCAUAUUGCAUUCAGUAACUCCGAACAGCUGCCACCGCCAUUCCGCAUCGACAACUUUUCAGAGGUUGCAAUUAUUUUCAACCAACAUGGCGUGGCAGAGCCGAGACUAAAGACCGAGGUAAAGCCAGGUACCUCACUGAAUUAUGCCUGGGACGAACCUGUCCUUGAGCCUUCCAUCACACUAACAGUGAAAGGGGCAGGCUCAUCAGAAAUUACCUGUGAUAUGAAUGAUUUCAAAGAGUCCAAGCAGCUUUACUAUGAAAAUUUCGUCUAUAUCGCUGCCACCUAUACUUUUUCUGGGCUCAUGGAAUCUUCUGGGAGGCCAGUUACUCGAAGUUCAGGACAUAAAAACAUUAGGUUUGCAGAAUUGGUUCUGGAUGUCGCACCCACAACUGGAAGAGUGAUACUGAAAAAAAAGGAACCAGGUAAAAGAUCGCAACUUUGGCGCAUGGCCAGUAAUGGAAUGAUAUGCCAUGAGGGUUCUUCUCCUCCUCAUAACCCCAACAAACCAUCCUCCAGUCGGCAGUCAAAUUCUGGACUGGUCCUAGACAUUACAGGCUUGGGUGCUGUCACUGACUGCAGAUAUGAGCCACUCAUGCUGAAAAAGCCAGAGCAACGUCGCAGCAAUACACAAACAUGGUGUUUCCGUGAUGGACGUCUGAGCUGCGGCCUGACAAGAAUGGUAGUACAGGUAACAAAAGGCUUAUAUGAUGGAGCGGAGGUAGUACUGGGUCCUGAUUCUUCCUUUGGUCUGGAACGAGUUCCAGCUGAGCAGCAGUUCAUAAACCAGAAGAUGAGACCUGGGUCAGGAAUUCUGUCUUUACGUGUCAUUCCUGAUGGACCGACAAGAGUGUUGCAGAUUGCUGACCAACAGCAUCGCAGAACAAAUCGCUCCCUCACAGGAAGCGAGGACUGUCCUGUAGAAAUCGGUGAAGUUCGGAAGCUAAAGAACUUGGAAGCUGAUCAAGAAUUAGAGGUUUUGGUGAAGCUGGAUGGAGGAAUUGGUUUGUCACUGGUUAACAAAGCUCCUGAGGAACUGGUGUUUACCACAUUAACAGGAAUAGAUGUUCAUUACACACAGACUGCCACUAGUCAAUUGCUGGAAGUCAGCAUUCAGGACAUACAGAUUGAUAAUCAGCUCCUGGGAACAAUGCAGCCUGUGAUACUCUCUGUGACCCCCAACAGUCCUGAAAGUGAAACAGAUAGUGUUGAAACAGGUCCUGCUGUUCAGAUCAAUGCAAUGAAGAUCCCCAGCAAGAGUGCACUGACUGAACUCUUCAAGCAUCUUAUGAUCACGGUACGGAAAUUAACAGUUCAAAUUGAAGAGAAGCUCUUGUUGAAGCUGCUACACUUCUUUGGCUUGGGGCAGUUGGAUCAAGAUGUUGAAAAGCCAGAUGAAAAUGCCCCGGAACAGAGCAAUGAGCAAGGUGGGACAGCAAAGCGCUACUAUUUUGAAAACCUCAAACUCAGCAUGCCACAAAUCAAGAUGAGCGUGUUUACCUCCAGCAAAUUACCACUUGAGCUCAAGGCUUUGAAGGGUAUUCUGGGAAUACGAUUGAUUCGAUUUGAGGAUGCAGUUAUUCACUUGGAUCCAUACACCAGAGUACAUCCGUAUGAGACACAGGAAUUUAUCAUCAAUGACAUUCUCAAGCACUUUAAGGAGGAGUUGAUGAGUCAAGCAACUCGAAUCCUGGGCUCGGUGGAUUUUUUGGGCAAUCCCAUGGGACUUCUGAAUGACGUUUCAGAAGGUGUCUCCGGGCUGAUCAAAUAUGGAAACGUUGGAGGCUUGAUACGAAAUGUCACGCAUGGUGUCUCCAAUUCAGCUGCUAAGUUUGCUGGAACUUUAUCAGACGGAUUGGGAAAGACAAUGGACACAAGACAUCAGGCUGAGCGUGAAUCUAUCCGCUAUCAAGCAGUGACCAGCGGUGAACACCUUGUGGCUGGAAUUCAGGGCCUGGCUCAUGGUAUACUUGGUGGAUUCACCAGUGUCAUCACCUCAACAGUAGAAGGAGUGAAAACAGAUGGUGGCGUCAGUGGUUUUUUUUCAGGCCUUGGAAAAGGACUCGUCGGCACCGUAACCAAACCUGUAGCAGGUGCUCUGGACUUUGCUUCAGAGACAGCACAGGCUGUGCGAGAAACCACAACAGUGAGCAACUACAGGAUGCUUAACCAGAGAGUUCGAAGGCCACGCUGUUGCAUUGGACCUCACCGCCUCCUACCCAGAUACAGUGAGAAACAGGCCGAAGGACAGGAGCAGCUUUUCAAAGUGACUGACAAUAUUCAGGCUGAAUUUUUCAUUGCUGUGGAACAGAUUGACAGUUACUGUGUUCUCAUAUCAUCGAAGGCAGUGUACUUUUUGAAGCAUGGCGACUAUAUUGACAGGGAUGCCAUUUUCCUGGAGGUCAAAUAUGAUGACCUGUACCACUGCCUCAUCACAAAGGAUCAUGGGAGGGCUUAUUUACAGCUGACAAAAAAGGCUGAAAGUUCAAGCAGUGGUGUGGCCAUACCUGGGCCAUCACAUCACAAACCAAUGGUCCAUGUGAAAUCAGAGUCUCUUGCACUAAAGAUCUCACAAGAAAUUAAUUACGCCAAAAGCCUCUACUAUGAACAGCAGCUCAAGUUGCAAGCCACCCAGAACCAAGAGAACCUGGAGCUGGACUCCUAGAAGUCUUUCUAGAGAACAAUCAUUUAUAAUACAAGUCCUGUGACAGACAACAUUGAUUCUCAUGAAUGGUAGUAUAUUAUCUGAGUACGCAUCUCAUGAACUAAUUUCAUUUGAACCUCAGUUUAAAGCCUAGUUGAAGCAAACAGGUGAGGGAUUGAUGAUAUGCUUAGGUUUGGAGACAGUUUAUUACAAGAUGCGGAGCAGGUUCUGUUCAAAUUGUAUUUUACAUUUUAUAUAUUGUAUUUACAGAGAAAAAUUGUGACAAGAGUUGAGAGUUCUUUAUAUUUUACUAAUCUGUACAUACCUGUAAUAUUACUUUAAUGUAAAUAUUUAGAAAAGCUCACAGGAACAAUUUGUGUACAGAAGCUGCAUUUAGAACUAGCUGCAGCAUAAUGUAACAGAUUACUUUAUUGCACUAGUAUGCAUUUCAUUUCUCGGGCAGUGCAUGCCCUAUGCAGUGUACAGGGAAAUAGCAUUUGCGAAAAGAGUUACCAGGCCCACGGCUACUCUUUCCAGAUGUUUGCUUGUCACACAACUUAGAGUCACUGCCUUUGCAAAUUGGUAAACCAGAUGAAUUGUUAGCACAAAUAGGGAAAGCAGUGGGUUGAGGGGGAAAUUAUAUAGUAUCAGCAUGGGUAUAGAUGCAAAAAGUGUAUUUCUGUGAUGCAGUAUUACCAGGUCACUUUUCUGACAAUGUGUGAAAGUGACAGUGAGAUGACUGCUGCCCUCUAGGCAAUAAGUGGUUAAGUCAGAUGGGGAGGAUAUUAUCUGGUGUGGUUUAAAAUUUCAGCCAGAAGCACAGGGAUAUGCAUAAAAAUUCCAUCCACCCUCUCUUCAGAUUGAAUAAAGUUAUCAUCAAUUAAGAAAAUCCUCUUUCUCCUCAUCCUUACACUCUGGCUUCUGUCAAAAGAGCACAAAGUAAUAGCAAGCAGUGAAUUGAUUGCAGAAUGCUGUGCACUUGCCUGUUGAGAAGUAGCCGUUGAAUGUGGUCAGAUUCUGAUGGGAUUUGGAACAAGUCUAUGACAGAGUACUAUCUGUGUAACCACAGCUGCACUGAGACCUAUUGUAAGUAUACAAAGUGUGUACAUGGGUGCACAUGCUCAGAAAACGUUUAUAGUAUUACAGCUAGAAAAUUAGCUCUCUAGAAAAGGAAAGACUAUAACUUAAAAACUCCAAUUAUAAUGCAGAGGGGUUUUAUCUCUGCACUGUAUGCACAACAUGUGUUGGACAAAUCUCUGCCACUAUUUUCUGUUAUUGUAAGAGGAAUCAGGAAUAAUACAUCAUGGUAUUCAAACAAUGGUUGGUUUGAUGAGGAGAGCUGAAUAUUAGAGUGACCAUCCAGUAGACUGCCAGGUUUAGUGACUGCACAGUAAUUUUGAAGACCAAACAAAAAGUGACCGACCAAAGACUCCAUACGUGUGCAGGUGUCCAAAGUGGACAAAGUUGUAUUUUCAGGGAGCCCACAGUAAGGAGACAGCUGUAUCCAACCUGUUCAAUCAUAUACUAUAAGCUGUACAGCAGAUGAUGUGUAAUCUGAUAAUAUUUGAGAGUCACUGAUUGUUUGAUUCAGAAGAGAUCCUGAUCAGCUUGCUUUGCUGCAUGAGAUUCUGAUCAGCCUGCUAUGGUGGUAGGCUCCAGCAGAACUGUGUUUGGAGUUGCUAUUCCUGCUUUCCUUCUAAGGCACCAUCUUUGAGAUAAUUUUACAAGUUUUCCCAGAUUUGGUGGGUGGACGGUAUGGGUUGGAGUGAGAUAGGUUUAUAUAUUCCUGCAAGGGACAUGUAACAAAAAAAAAUGAUUUUACCAUCCCCACUCAAACCCAGCAACAUAAUUGAUUUUUUGUG